GCUUAUUUCGGGAUUAGCAUGGGCCAUAUAUCAUGUGUGGUCAAAUUUGAUCAUUUGAGUUAUGGAAUUGGUUUCCUCAACGAAACAUUCGCUAAUGUAAAAUAUUGUGUUUACUUAGGAAUCCGCUAUGCAAACCCACCUACGGGAUUUUUACGUUUCAAGAAUCCAGUUCUAUACGAUCCUACAGGUCCGCAGAAUUACACUGCUGCUGGAAAUAUUUGUCCACAAAGAAAAGAUAUUAACGUAGCUGAUCAUAUCGUGGGAGAUGAAGAUUGUUUGUUCAUGAACAUCUACACGCCUUCUGUUAGUAUAAACGGUAGUCUAACGUCUACCAAGUAUCCAGUUUUGGUGUACAUUCACGGAGGAACUUUCAUGGCAGGUUCGGCUUUGACAGAUAUAAAAAAUGGACCGGAUCUUCUUAUUGACAAUGGAAUUGUAGUAGUUGGCAUCAAUUACCGGUUAUAUACUUUGGGUUUUCUGAGACAUACGGAUUUUAAUAUAACAGGAAAUUUUGGGUUGAAAGAUCAACGUACGGCUUUGCAAUGGAUUCAAAAGUAUAUUAAACUGUUUGGCGGAGACCCUCAACGUGUUACACUUUCAGGUCAAAGCGCAGGUGGUGGGUCGGUUGCAUAUCACAUGUAUGCUGAAAGUUCAAGUGGAUUAUUCCAACAAGCAAUCGUUUUGGGAGGAUCAAUGAUUGCACCAUGGGCGCUAAACUAUCAUCCGGAUAAUCUCGCAAAUGAGGUUGCUACGAGAUUUAAUGCUUCAACUGUUACGGACCUACAAAACGUAGACUUUCGUCAGUUUAUUUUCGAAGAUGGCUUUGAUACUUUCGGUUUCUUUACUAUGUUUUAUCCAGGAUUUAUACCUACAGUAGAGGAUGAAGGUGAAACAGAAUCAUUUUUAACAAUGACACCAUUCGAAUUGAUUCUGAACAAGCCGAUAAAUCAAGUACCCGUUAUAAUAGGACACACUGCCACCGAAUUUGAACUUUUGCUCUAUUAUGCUGAUUUUUUCUUCAUUGGCAACAGUUUUCCUAAUAACGGAAACAAAACGCUACUCAAAAACAUCCGGAAAUGUUUGGUUCAACAGGUUAAACUUUUGCAGGAUGCAAAUUUUAUCCGUCGCUUGGCCAAUACAGCUAACUUGUAUUAUCCAAUCAAAAAAUUACUACGACAUUUAACGAACCAACUAGGUUCUGCUCCAGUAUAUUAUCUUCGUUUCGAAUUUGACGGUCGCUUCGGUUAUGCCAAAAAUAAGUACUACAAAACUAAAACCAACGGAAGUCGUUACGGAGCGGUUCAUGGUGAUGAGCUAGGAUAUAUAUUUUCUCCCUACAUCAUACAGGAUGCCUUAGCGAAUCGUAAUGAGUACCGCUCGGAAUGGAAGGUUCACGAGCGUACCGUGGAACUUGUUGCAAAUUUUGUCAAGUAUGGUAAUCCAACACCCAAAAAAACUAAAACGUCGAAUAUUACAUGGCCCGCGUACAACAAUAAUUCUACUUAUCAACAAUAUUUAAAUAUUGACGAAACUUUUGAAAUUAGGAUAGAUAAUGAUGAGGCGGAUGUGUAUUUUAUGCUUUGGGAUACAAUUUAUAAUUGUUUGUUUUAUUUCAACUGUGACGACAUUGAAACUUGCUGAUUAAUAGAAAUAGAAACAAAACAUAUCAUUCGAAAGCGCAAAUGGCUAUGACGGACAAAGUAAGAUGAAUAUUUCAUAUUUAGUUAGUGCAUUUAUGGCUGAAUAAACGGUAAUGUCUGUAUUCCAUAAAAUCGUUUGCGUCUCAAACAAACAAACAAAUACUCAAGUCAUGACU